CCCUGGCCUCCGCGCUGCCGGAGGGGCCCGAGCCGAGCCGCCCCCGCUCGGCCCGGCGGUGCCGGCUCCGCUUCCCGCCGGGCCACGCCCUGUCAAACUUUGUUGCUGCGGCCGCCGCGGCGGCGAGCGGAGCAGCCGGGCGAGCGGGAGGGAGGGGCGCCGGGCCGGGCGCGGGCGGCGCGGGGCUCGCAGUGCGGCGGCCCCGGCCCGCGGCCCCACCAUGCCCCAGCUCGGCGGCGGCGGCGGCGGGGGAGGCAGCGGCGGCAGCUCGGGCACCGGGGCGACCAGCGGAGGGGACGACCUCGGGGCGAACGACGAGCUGAUCCCCUUCCAGGACGAAGGGGGCGAGGAGCAGGAGCCGAGUAGCGACAGCGCCUCGGCGCAGCGGGAUCUGGACGAGGUCAAGUCGUCCCUGGUCAACGAAUCAGAGAACCAGAGCAGCAGCUCGGACUCAGAGGCGGAGAGGCGCCCGCAGCCCGCUCGGGACGCCUUCCAGAAGCCGCGGGACUAUUUCACCGAAGUGAGAAGGCCCCAGGACGGCACGUUCUUUAAGGGCCCCCCGUACCCUGGGUACCCAUUCCUGAUGAUCCCGGACCUGAGCAGCCCGUACCUCCCCAACGGACCCCUGUCUCCCGGAGGAGCGCGCACGUACCUGCAGAUGAAAUGGCCCCUCCUCGAUGUCCCCUCCGGCAGCACAGUCAAGGACACCAGGUCUCCGUCCCCAGCACACUUGUCUAAUAAAGUUCCUGUUGUUCAGCACCCGCAUCACAUGCACCCGUUGACGCCCCUCAUCACCUACAGCAACGACCACUUCUCCCCCGGCUCCCCUCCCACACAUCUCUCCCCAGACAUUGAUCCAAAGACAGGAAUCCCCCGGCCCCCUCACCCAUCUGAGCUGUCUCCGUAUUACCCACUGUCGCCCGGAGCUGUCGGACAAAUCCCCCAUCCCCUCGGCUGGCUCGUCCCACAGCAAGGACAGCCCAUGUACUCCCUUCCUCCCGGUGGUUUCCGGCACCCCUACCCUGCGCUCGCCAUGAACGCCUCGAUGUCCAGCCUGGUUUCCAGUCGGUUCUCCCCUCACAUGGUGGCUCCGGCCCAUCCUGGUCUGCCCACCUCAGGGAUUCCCCACCCCGCCAUCGUCUCCCCCAUCGUCAAGCAGGAACCAGCACCCCCCAGCCUGAGCCCGGCCGUGAAUGCGAAAUCACCGGUCUCGGUGAAAAAGGAGGAAGAAAAGAAACCCCACGUGAAGAAGCCUCUGAAUGCCUUCAUGUUAUAUAUGAAGGAGAUGAGGGCCAAGGUGGUGGCUGAGUGCACCCUGAAGGAAAGUGCAGCCAUUAACCAAAUCCUGGGAAGGAAGUGGCACAACCUGUCCCGAGAAGAACAGGCCAAGUACUACGAACUGGCCCGGAAGGAGCGGCAGCUGCACUCGCAGCUCUACCCGACCUGGUCAGCCCGGGACAACUAUGGUAAGAAAAAGAAGAGGAAGAGAGAAAAGCAGCUGUCGCAGACACAGUCCCAGCAGCAAAUCCCAGAGGCAGAGGGUGCUCUGGUCUCCAAAAGCAAGAAGCCAUGUGUUCAGUACCUGCCCCCUGAGAAGCCCUGCGACAGCCCUGCCUCUUCCCACGGCAGCAUGCUGGACUCCCCGGCGACCCCCUCGGCAGCCUUGGCCUCACCGGCUGCCCCUGCUGCGACCCACUCCGAGCAAGCCCAGCCCCUCUCCCUCACCACCAAGCCUGAGAGCCGGGCCCAGCUGGCUCUCCACUCGGCUGCCUUCCUGUCAGCGAAGGCUGCAGCCACGUCCUCUGGCCAGAUGGGCAGCCAGCCCCCGCUCCUCUCCCGGCCCCUCCCGCUCGGGUCCAUGCCCACAGCUCUGCUGACUUCUCCCCCUUCCUUCCCAGCCACGCUCCAUGCCCACCAGGCCCUCCCAGUACUCCAGGCCCAGCCUUUGUCCUUGGUCACCAAGCCUGCCCACUAAGCUGCCCUGUGACCUAUGCAGGCUGUCACGUGACCCAUCGAGUAGUAAUGAUUCA